AGGAAGGAAACUCUCUGGGGUAUCAGUGCUGCUGCUCUCCACCAGUAAUUAAUGUUCUCUGGCUGUUCCUCGGAGGAGAGGAGGGUCGGGGUGAGUGGAGCCCACACACUGGGCAGUGUGUGCGGAGAGGGGUGAUGCCUCCAGAGCGCAUCACAGGACGACAAAAACCCCACUGCAGCGCCAGAGGAGAGCAGCUUUGGCACCAGCGCUUGUUUCAUGCAGUUUGCUGGGAGGGCAAGUGCACAGAUCGAGCCCACGAAUCUCCAAACAUCCCUCUUCCUCUCAUCAUGCCGGACUCCUUCUGAUCAUCUUUCUCCUGGCUCUGGCACUGAGACAAUGUAGUGGAGGCAAAGAAGCAGAGGGAAUCUCCACCGGUGGAGAGAGAUGUGGGGAUGCACGGACACGGUUAUGGGUGAUUGAUGCCAUUUUUUUUUUUUGCAGAAGCAGCAAAACGAGGAUGGAUUUACGCACAGAAAAGUGGGAAUAAGUGAGUUUCUGGGCCACACAGGAUGGACACUGCGGAGGUAAUCCUCUCUGUGUUGGUGGUUGUGAUCAUUAUAGUGUCGCUGUUGUCUAACGUCCUGGUGCUGAUCUGCUUUCUGUACAACCCGGAGAUCCGCAAGCAGGUGCCGGGUCUCUUCAACCUGAACCUCACCUUCUGCAACUUGUUGCUGACGGUGUCCAACAUGCCGCUCACUCUGGUGGGACUCGUCAGCAACGCGCAGCCGGGGGGAGACGGCUUCUGCCACAUCGUGGGAUUCCUGGAGACCUUCCUGUCCACCAACUCGAUGCUGAGCAUGGCAGCGCUGAGCAUCGACAGGUGGAUCGCGGUGGUGUUCCCGCUGAGGUACCACUCCAAGAUGCGCCACAAGGACGCGGCGUUCGUGCUCGGCUACACGUGGGCGCACUCCAUGUCCUUCUCCACGGUGGCCGCAUGCCUCUCCUGGGUGGGAUACCACCGGCUGUACGCGUCCUGCACCCUGUCCAACCCCAGGGCGAGCAGCCGGACCCAGUUUGUCAUCUUCACCGUCUUCUUCCACUCCUUCACCUUCCUGCUGUCUUUUAUAGUGCUGUGUGUCACAUACCUCAAAGUGCUGAAAGUGGCGAGGUUUCACUGCAAGAGGAUCGACGUUAUCACAAUGCAAACUUUAGUGCUGCUGGUGGACAUACACCCCAGCGUUCGCCAGCGUUGCCUGGAGGAGCAGAGGAGGCGACGGCAGAGAGCGACGAGGAAGAUCAGCACCUUCAUUGGCACCUUCAUGCUCUGCUUCGCUCCCUAUGUGAUCACAAGGAUCGUGGAGUUAUUUCCAGCAGUGCCUAUCAACCCUCACUGGGGAAUUGUCUCCAAGUGCUUAGCUUAUAGCAAGGCGGCCUGCGACCCCUUCGUGUACUCCCUGCUCCGACACCAGUACAAGAAGACGUGCACUGACAUCAUCAACAGGCUGCUGAAGCGUAGCUCCAUGAACACGUCCGGCCGCGGCCACCAGACCCAUGGCAACAGCAUACCGACCGCGGAGUGAUGGACAGCGAGUGACGGACAGCGAGUGGACUGACGGGAUGCGUCCCGAGGGUUGACUCGGCCACUGUCAGGGAAACACAGAGCUGAUUUAUCGCCGAUGAAGAGGAGGACAAAUUAGUUGUCCCCGUCCACGUCUGCUUGAAUUUGGAGUGACAAGCCAAAAAAAGAAAUAGAAAAAAAGAGUGAGUACAGACAAGGGCAAAUCCCGGCACAGGAAUACCACUGUGCUUGCAUACUGAGCGGCCAGAACAGCAGAUCAGUGCAGUGAACUCGCUGCGAGGAGAUUACACAAUGGCAGACUUCACAUCCACCUGGAGAGACAGAUGUGCCCACCCAAGAAGAACGGCCGUUUCAUAUUCUCAUGACUUUACCUGGAUUGGCUUUGGGAUUUUGCAGUGUAUGUUUGUUUUGACAUUACUGUAGUAUACACUGAUAUUAUGUUUUUUUUUUUAAAGAGUCAGGAAAGGCUGUAUGUCUGUUUUAGUCUGUGCAAAGUGUUUGACACGUUCAUGCUGUAUGUAGCACUGAAAACUAGCCUAACCAAAAUGAUGCGUAUAUUGUCUUAUAAAUUAAAUAAUUGUAUAAGAGACGUAAACCGUACAGUACAGCGAACAGUGACACUGCACAGCCCGGCUCAGGUUUUUUUCAGAAUGAAUGGGAUAAAACACACUCCCAUUAAUUUUUACACUACUUUUAAUUUCUUUUAGUUUAUUUAAGACCAAUGGAAGGAAAAAGUACGACUACGUGUUUCAUCAUGGUUUGUGCCCUGAGAACCCAUUUUUUGAAGGACUUGCUGACCUGGCAGAGGAGAGUUUUAAUGGGAAAAAUGGGCCUUCAAAACCAUCUGCCUUCGCUGUCAUGACUGACGUGUGCCCCUCAGGCUGCUUAGACAAGUGGAGCGUGACCGACUGUACUUGUUGUUCACUAAGAGGAGUACUCCACAGAGACUGCCUCAUGCUUUCUCACAUCUUUGCGCAGUAUGAACAGGGAAGGGGAAAUGUACGCAACAUCUUUAUUUGUCCUUUUAGAAAAGUGAUAACAUGUAUUUAAAUGACAUCCUGUGGUAUUACAUAGCCACGACAGCCGCUCCGUGCGAGGAUACAAACAACAAAGCAGCUCUGGAAGCAGAAAUGGACAUUUUGCUGAAGUCAGUGGUCGAGCUAAAGAAAUACUCUUUGCUUUCAUCUAACACACACUGAAUGUGAUAUUUGGGUCAGUCCGUUGAAGGCAGCAGCUAAUAUUUGUUUGAGCAACCGUAGCUGUGUCUCAAUUCAGGGGCACAAUUAAUUUUCACAAUAAAAUCAGUUUACAAUGAUUGAACAUGCUAAUGCUAGCUAGAUUCAAUGACCAAGAGAUCACGAUCAAGAUCAUUUUCUUGUUUUGGGGCCUCCAGGCAAACAGCAUGUUUAAAGUUGUUGUAUAGUGGCUCACUUAAAAAUAUUAUUGGCAACAACCUCAUUUGUCCAUCAGUUUACACUUAUAUUAUUGAAGUCGAAGUUAGCGGGUUAACAAACGAGCUUGUUUGCCAUGAAAGUUGAGGGUCAGCUAAGCUAACUAGCUAGAUUCCUGCUGUAUGGCUACAUUGCGAUAUGUGUUUAGGUUAUUGUUGUAAAACUGAGAUAUCGACCUCAAAAGGUGUGAUUUUUCAGAAAAACAGAAGAACUAAAACAAUAGAUUAUGUUUGAAUAUCAUCCUCUGACAUAUUUACAUAAUCAAUUACAAAAUCUAGGCUUCACAUUUAAUGUUUUUGGUCUGAAGAACAGGACUGUGCAAGAGGUGAAAUGAUGGUUAUGUAGUAUAACCCUUAUUCUAUGAUCUUAGGCAGGGAUCUGUCACCCACGCCUUCAGCACACUGGGAAGACAUUACCCAGGAAAUAGCUUCUCUUCACUUUACAAAAUAAAUUGUUAGAAUUUUACGAGUAAACUAAAACAAGUUCUUGCAUUGCAACUAGCAGUUAUUCUCGGUUAUUAAUCAGUUAUUGGUUUGGUCCAUAAUAUGUCAGAAAAAACAAAAGAUACUGAAGAGAAAUUGGGAAAUUGUUUUGCUUAAUUCUUUUCCUGCAGCAAUUACGAGACAAUCAAAAUUGUUGCAGACCGACAAAUUAUUUCACCAAUACAAAUUUCCCACGGAAAAAUGUAUUUCAAGUUUUAUACUAGCAACCGUAGAUUAUCAUGGGACCUUUUAGAAUGAGACAGAAACAGUAGAUUGGUCAAUAGAUGAGUCAAUAAAGCUAAUUCAAUGAAACGAAAGGGACAUAUUUUUUCCCGUUUUGUUUACAUCUGUACGAUUAAAUCUCCAUAUUUAUAGUUAGAUGUGUGCACUGGAAUCAAAUUGAUGACAUUUAUAGCAUUUCUAAGAUACAUGGCAACCAAUAUUCAACAUACAGUAUUAGUAGUAUGUUUGUAGUAUGUUUUAUAAUGAGAUGAAUAGCUAUAGAGGGAUGGUGUAAACGCAGUUUUACGUGAACACUGAAUAUAUUGAUAUUCUGUAUAUUUAUUUAGUCCUGUUGCUGGUAAUUUCCAGGCAGUUCUUGAGGACAGGUCGCCCACUACAUGUUGUACCUACUGUUUUAUGUGCACUUUUUUCUGUAUCAGAAGACGGGCAGCUCUGUAUCAGAGGGCGUUAGAGUUGACAUACUGUAAACAAAGGUGCUUAGCUCCGAAAGAGAGAGACUAUAGAAUAAGAUGUAAUGUAAUAUGUAUUGUAAAAGUUUAUAUUGCAGAUUUUUCAAUGGAUUUGGACACAGUAUGUUUAGACUGUACACGCAGGAGGCCAUUAGUGUAUUUACACACAGUGAUACAAUGAUCAAUGAUGGCGCCAGUUGUUAUUUUCUGCAGUUCAUUCUCUGAAAACGUGUUUAUUUUUGUGUCCGUGAGUUUGAGGAAUUUGGAUAAAUGGCUGUUUUUGUUAUAUGAUUGUGUUGUGUUUGUUGUGUAUAGCACUCCCAGACAUUUGAUGCCUUAAAUUCUGUAAUAUACAGUGUUUUCAAGUUUUUCCAUUCACAAAGGCAUUGGGAUAUGUUGACCAAUACAGAGAGACUAGAUCAUUGCCUUAUUCACUUCCAUUCAUUAGCUUGAUGUUCUUCCUGUAUCCCAACUCAGCCGGUAGAUUCCUCGCUGAUGUUUUGCACUGAUGUAGAGUAGUUAUUUUUCUCAUAAGCUAUAACUACGGUAAAAAAAACAAGCUGAACUCGAAAUGAUUCGUGGCGACAGGUUUAGAUAAACGACAAAGUGAAAAGUAUUUUUGUGUCUUUUGAUAUACGUUUGUGUAAUUAAUUGAAAAGACUGUAUCUGUUUGAGUGUUACAGACUGUGCUGCUUCAAAUGCAAACUGAGUUUUAACCAAUGUUGUUAAUAGUUGGCAGUGCAGUGAGUGUAAUAUACCUCAUUUUGUUAUGGUGACUGACUUGACAGCCUGAAGUGUUUUGUUAUGUUACCUCCUAAUUUAUUCAACCUUGGCUCAAUGCUGCUGCUGCUGCUGCUAAAGAUGACUAAAAUGAUGAUGAUGAGGAUGAUGAUGAUGAUGAGGAUGAUGAUGAUGGCUGUUUAAUUUCUAGCGAUGGUAAAAUGAAAGCAUCUGGUGUUGGUGGUCAUUAUAAUUGUAAUGUUGGAGAAAGUUUCAGAUUUUGAUCAUGAAGAUUAAAUUUAACUGUAGACUUUA